CCCAGACAAAACUCAGAACAUGAGAUCAAUGACUCGUCAUCCCUUGAAACAUCGCUCGCUUUUCCGCGCAUGCCUGCAUACAAAUAGGUGGCUGGCCAUACCCGCUCGCGCCCCCUUCGUCGUCCCCCCCGCCACCCAACGGUCGUUUCGCCGCCGUGGGAAAGGAUUGAUUCAAUAAGAGUGCCGGGUGCACAGGAAGAACCACACGAAGGAAACAGACGGCGGGUUCCUAAACGGCUCUCUCUCCUUCCCGCGCUGCAGAUCGCUGGGCGAAAACAGCAAGACUUCUCUCGUCCACUCCCCGGAUCCUUCUCCCAUCAUGCUGGACGGAUACGACAGAAAUCAGGAGGAGAGAGCGAGAGGACCAUCGAUGGAUAUUGACGAGAAGAGCACCGCCUUCUCCCAGGCGCAGAUAUCAACACCUCCGAGCGCGUCGACGAACAGGAUGAGGCACACGAUCAACACGGCGAUGAUGACCACCAUCAUCCCGGAACCCACGCCGCCGCCGGCCGCCUCCACCCCCGCCGACCCACAGCGCCGGUUCUCCUGGCUGCCGCGGUCCGCCACGCCGUCCCUGCGCAGCCCGACGUUCCGCCGGCGGGCGGCGAGCCCCUUCUACGACGACGACGAUGACGACGACUACCCGUACUCGGACAGCAGCCCGUUCGGCGAGGACUUUCGGGAGCAGAACGAGCAGGCCGGGCGGGACUGGGACCGCGACCACGGCCACGACCACGACCACGACGGCGGGGACAACCCGUUCGAGGACUGCGAGUACGAGCUGCCGCCGGCGGCGGGCAAGAGGGAGGGCACCUGGACCAAGUUCAAGAAGGCCAUGAGCCCGAAGCGCGCGAUCAGCAAGUGGAAGUACCGGAAGGUCAAGCACGGCGGCUUCCAACCGGAUGACCCGGACCACGGGGACCGCGGUGGCUCUCAAGGGCAGGCCUCUUGAGUCGAGGUGGGGGAGCUGGGACAUACGGAUGAGGGAGAGCUCGGUCACUGGACCCUCUUGGAAUAUGGAGACAGUGUGUGUGUGUGUGUGUGUGUCUAUGAGAGAGAGAGGAGGGUGGGAAAAGGAAGAGGAACACGCGCGAUACCAAAGGUUUUUCUCUUACGGCAGGGAGGUUUCCAGCAUGGUUUUUUUUUUUGGGUCUUUUUGUUUGUCAUUCACUGAUUCCCCGGCAAGAAGGCGUUAUGUGGUCUCUUCUUUUUGGUUUGUAGUUUCGGCUGGAUCGCGAGGGCUUGCAGUGGGAACCCAGAGAGACCAGGUGUCUCCUGUGCGCACGACCUGAACGCGUUGAUCAAUAUCUACUGGACCGAGCCAAGCCAACCGAAGAGUUUAGAGGGCUGCUUGAAGCACCCGACUCUCUUUGACGUACCAAUGAAGGAAGGAGGCUGAUUUAUUAC